AAAUGAACAGUGCGCAUGUUUACCUUUUUAUGAAUCAUUAACUCAGCCUGAUAAUGUAUGGUCACUCAUGGAUGUCAUUUCAAACCAAUGACCAAUACUGCUUGGAACAUACGGCCAAACAAAUUCUGGCUAUAGAUUCAUUGAAAUGAAAAUACAGACGAUUUUCUUUUGUUUCUUUUUAGUUAAGUUUCAGCAUUGCUUCACAAAUGGAGCAGAUAAUGAUAGGACUACCAAUAGGAUACAGAGAAAAGCCAGAAGUGUGAACCGACCAGCACCGAUUGACUGCAGGUUAAGCGAAUGGUCAUCUUGGACCUCCUGCAAUGCAUGUAAAAAGAAAACGUUCCGAUUCCGGGCUCUGGAGCAGCCAUCCCAGUUUGGUGGGGCAGAGUGCCUGGACAGCCAGUGGGAUGAGAAGGACUGUCCACCACCAGUUGUAGCAUGCCCACAAGUCAACCAGUGUGGAGAGGCGUUUUCCUGCAAGGAGAGAGGGCGGUGUAUAAGCCAGCAUCUGAGGUGUAAUGGAGAGAACGACUGCCAGGAUGGAGCAGACGAGCACGGGUGUGAGGAGGUAGAUGUGAGGGAUGACAAGUGUGCUGGCCUGGAGCCCAUCCCAGGAUCUCAACCAGCUGCACAAGGCUACAACGCGUUAACUGGUGAGUUUGCCCUGCCUGUCUUGGACCCUGCAUACUAUGGUGGGACCUGUGAAUAUGUCUACAACGGAGAGUGGCGGCAACUCACAUACGAUGCCUUUUGUGAGAAUCUGUAUUAUAAUGAUGACGAGAAAUACUACAGGAGACCAUACAACUUCCUUUCAUACCGUUUCUUGGCCCAAGCCAGAACACAAGGCUCCUCGGAGUACUAUGAGGAUGUCACAAGCUUUCUGAAAAAUGAAGGAAGAUUAAAAAGUCAUAAAUGGGGGUUCUCUGUAGGAGUCUCCAAGUAUCUCACCACUGCAAAUCUCAGCCUUUCAGGGGGCAGGGCAUCUCAAUCCUUCAGAGACAUAUCAGAAUAUUCCAGCCAGGAGGUGGGCGUGGUGAGGUUUGUGUCCAGCGUGCAGACGGCCCAGUUUAAGAUGAGGAGCAGGGACUUGGUGUUGGAAGAGGAGAUGCUGCAGUCCCUCAUGGACCUGCCUGAGGAGUACGACUUCGGCUCCUAUUCACACUUCCUCAACAAGUACGGCACCCACCAUGUCACGCACGGCUCCAUGGGAGGAACAGUGGAGCACGUGGCCAUUGUGGACAAGGAGGCCAUGAGGAGAGCUGAGGCAUCUGGUAAACAGGUCGAACAGUGCUUUGGAGCAUCGUUGUCCCUGUCCUUCGGUGUUGAGUUUAAGAAUUUGAAUAUCGGCGCCACUCUAUCGGAAGUUAACGUCUGUGGGAAGGUUGUCGGUCGGAGCUCUGGCAGUGAGGCCCACAGUGAUUUGAUCAGAGAGGUGAUCACACGGGUAAAAGGGGGGUCUCGUUCCGGCAUGGCAGCGGUGGAGACGAAUAGAAAUGCAGAAGCAUUCAGGACAUGGGGCAAAUCGCUCAGAUACAGCCCCGAUCUCAUUGAUGUCGAGACCAUCCCGGUGUAUGAGAUGGUGCGCUUCAGCACUUCAGCAGAGCAGGCCCGCACGAGGCUCCCGCUCCUCAAGAGGGCCUGGGAGGAGUACAUGCAGCAGUUCAACGCCUGCCGCUGCGCCCCCUGCAGGAACAACGGCAUCCCUGCACUCACGGGCACCUCCUGCACCUGUGUCUGCAAGGCCGGCUACAAAGGGCUAGCCUGUGAGGAGGCCAGCAGACAACAAGGUCCUACUGAUGGCUCCUGGAGUUGCUGGGGCAGCUGGUCCUCCUGUCAGUCAGGAAGGAAGAGCCGGACACGCACCUGCAGUAACCCCCAGCCAGCAGCAGGGGGAGCACCAUGUCUCGGGAGCCCCACACAAACCAGAGCCUGCUGAGGAUGAAGCAAACCACAGGAGCAAAAUCCCAAGCAUACCGACCUUGGACCAGUUCACACAGAUAUUUUGUUGCAUUGCACCAGAUUCAGAUCCUAAGAGGCUUGCCAGAUCUUCACAGACUUCUCUAUCUUCUGUCUACCUUUUGUAUUGUAUUGUAAUUAAUUAUCAACAUGUCAUGUGUUUGUUGUUUGUUCCAUAGACUGCAUGAGCGAUGUUAAAUAAUGGAAAGAACCAGUCAGCUUAUCAAAUAAAAUACUUUAUCAAAUGAGUCAGGGGUCGGGUGCACCACAUGCAAGAAAAGCCGUUUUGUUGAUCAAUACGACACAUGGAUUAAAAAUUCCGUAGACAACA